UUUUUUGGCCCCAACGACGGUGUCAGAUUGAAUGGCCUGUGCGCAUGUGCGAAGGUGUCCGAACUGACAAUGCUCGUGAGAUGAAGAUAGUGCUGCUGCCGCUUCUGAGCUCAAGGAGGACGAGAGGAAUCCGCAAGCCGACGAGAUGAGAUCCAAGGCGAGGGCGAGAAAACUGGCCAAAAAUGAUAAUGAGGCAGUAGACAGCAUGUACGACACAGAGCUGAACCCUGCAGCGGGUGAGAGUGCAGAAGAGGAGACGGAGGACAGCGUCAUGUCUCCGAUCGCCAUGGGCCCUGCCUCGCCACAGCCAAACAACGAAGACUUCACCCCGAAAGAAGGCUCGCCCUACGAGGUGCCUGUCUACAUUCCUGAUGACAUUCCCAUCCCCGCCAACCUGGAGCUGCGCGAGUCCUCCGUGCCAGGCGCUGGCCUCGGCAUCUGGGCCAAAACCAGAAUCGGGAUGGGCGAACGCUUCGGACCGUUCCACGGGCUGCACAGCGCCACCGUCAAAGAGACCACUUUUGGAUGGGAGCAAAUGCUGAACGAUCACGAAGUGACGUCGCAGGAUAGCUGCAUCAAAAAGGUAGUGGACCAUAUGGGCAAUGUGAAGUUCUGCCUGGAUGAAGCGCUGGAGGCGAGCGGGAGCUGGCUAAAAUAUGUACGGGCAGCACCGUCCUACGAGGAGCACAACCUGGCUGUUUGUCAGAUUAGUGAAGAUCAGAUUUAUUAUAAAGCCAUUAGGGAUAUUGAAGUUGGGGAGGAGUUGCUGGUUUCUAUGAAGGACGGAGUUUUUCCCGAGGGCUCGAUGGCACCUAAUCUGGAAGAUGAGCAAAUGUACCGCUGUGAAGACUGUGAUGAGCUUUUCUCAUCAAAGCUGGAGUUGCGACGGCACCAGAAAUACUCUUGCAACACCGGCAGCUCUAUUUUUGAUUCGUUAAGUGAAGACCUCAAACAAGAGCAUGACGACAACGACGAACCAGUGCAUGAGUGUAAAGACUGUGAAAAGAUCUUUCCCAGCGAGUAUAGCCUUGGCCAGCAUAUGGUUGUGCACACAGAGGAGAGGGAAUACAAGUGUGACCAGUGCCCCAAAGCUUUCAACUGGAAGUCCAACCUCAUUCGUCAUCAGAUGUCACACGACAGUGGAAAGCGCUUCGAGUGUGAAAACUGUGAUAAGGUAUUCACAGACCCCAGCAACCUGCAGCGCCACAUUCGCUCACAGCAUGUCGGUGCCCGUGCCCACACCUGCCCUGAGUGUGGCAAGACCUUCGCCACAUCCUCAGGUCUCAAGCAGCACAAGCACAUCCACAGCAGUGUGAAGCCAUUCAUGUGUGAGGUGUGUCACAAGUCCUAUACCCAGUUUUCCAACCUGUGCCGCCACAAGCGAAUGCAUGCAGACUGCCGCACCCAGAUCAAGUGCAAGGACUGUGGGCAAAUGUUCAGCACUACCUCCUCCCUCAAUAAGCAUCGGCGCUUCUGCGAGGGAAAGAACCAUUAUAGUCCUGGAGGCUUAUUCACACCAGGCAUCCCUAUGACCUCCAGUCCCAUCAUGGGCAAGUCCAAGCCGCACCCUGGCUUGAAUCACAGUGGACUUGGCUUUGGUGAUUACUUCCCGUCUCGGCCGCAUCAUCCAGGCCUACCCUUCUCUACUGCCCCUCCUGCAUUCCCGUCGCUUUCCCAUGGUUUCACAGGGAUAUUUCCCCCAUCACUGUACCCUAGGCCCACGUUGUUACCCCCUAGCCCAUUACUAAAGAGUCCACUGAGUAACAGUCAAGAUGGGAAGCUUCCGCAUAGUCCCCUUGACGCCCAUACUCUCACAAUGGUCACAUCUGUUAGCAACACCAAUGGUAAUACAGGUAGUGGCCUUAGCCAGUCAGAGGUAAAUCGUGAGUCUAAGCAGGAUCUCUCCAUUUCAGACAGCAAGAGUAAGGUGAAAAUGAGUGACGUGUCUGAUGGAAGUGACUUAGAGGACAUUAACACCACCAGCGGAACUGAUCUAGACACCACCACUGGCACAGUUUCUGGUUCUGAUCUGGACAGCGAGGCAGAGAGCGAGCGGGAGAAGAGUCGAAGGAAACACAGACAGGAAGGCAAACAAGAGGAGGUCAACAGCAGUGUAGUGUCGGUGUCCAGCUCAGGUAACCUUCCUCAUGAUCGCCCUUUCCUCUCUUCCCAGCAUUCCUUCUUUCCCCCUCCUGAUGAGCAGGCACUCCCACCUACAGGUGCCACAACCGACUCUAUCAAAGCCAUCGCUUCCAUUGCUGAAAAGUACUUUGGGCCAGGCUUUAUGGGCUUGCAGGAGAAAAAAAUGGGCUCCUUGUCUUACCCAUCCAUGUUCCCCUUUCAGUUCUUACCCAACUUUCCACAUUCCUUGUACCCUUUCACAGACAGAGCACUCAACCCCAACAUGUUCCUAAAACCAGAACCCAAAUCACCUCGUGAGCACAUACAGAAAAUGGCUACCACCACUGCUGCAGAGUCACCCUUUGACCUCACCACCAAGCCCAAGGAAGUGAAGUCUUUCCUUCCACCCUCCAGUAAGCCUUCUAGUGUACUUCUUCCCAGUGGUGAGGAUCAGCCUCUGGAUCUGAGCAUUGGAGGCCGGAGCAGAGCCAGUCAGAACGGUGGAACACCUGAGCAGCGUAAGAAUCACAUCCAUAGCACCAACUGCAAGAUGCCAACUAAAGAGGAGCAUCCAGUAUUAAACCAGUCUCAGAACCUCCACCAACCCCAGAUGCCUCAGCAGCAAGUGUCCCUUCCACAACCUCCUCCUCAGCAGCAGCCCUCACUCCACUACGCCAAACCUUCGCCCUUCUUCAUGGAUCCCAUCUACAGCAGGGUGGAAAAAAGGAAACUGAUAGAUCCUGUAGGAGCGCUGAAGGAGAAGUACCUAAGACCGUCUCCACUGCUCUUCCACCCUCAGGUGUCUGCGAUGGAGAACAUGACCGAGAAGCUGGAGAACUUUGGCACUUUGAAACUAGACGCUCCCAAUUCGCUACAGCACUCAUCACAUCACCUCUUUAACUUUCGCUCUCCCCCUCCUUCUCUGUCUGAUGCUAUACUCCGCAAAGGCAAAGAACGCUAUGCCUGCAGGUACUGUGGGAAAAUCUUUCCCAGGUCGGCUAAUCUUACCAGGCACUUACGAACACACACAGGAGAGCAACCCUACAGAUGUAAAUACUGUGACCGUUCCUUCAGCAUCUCGUCCAACCUCCAGCGACACGUUCGCAAUAUCCACAAUAAAGAGAAGCCUUUCAAGUGCCACUUGUGUAACCGCUGCUUUGGUCAGCAGACCAACCUGGACCGCCACUUAAAGAAACACGAGCAUGAGAAUAUCCCAGUGAGUCAACAUUCUGGGAUACUCUCAAAUUUGGGAACCAAUAUCUCCUCUCCAAAUUCCGAACCUGACAAUCACGCACUUUUAGACGAAAAAGAGGACUCGUAUUUCUCAGAGAUUAGAAACUUCAUCUCCAACAGCGAGCUGAACCAGGCCUGCAGCUCCUCAGAGAAAAGGACAGAAAUGACGGAGGAUGAGCGUCCUGAGAGCCACGCUAUCACAGACUCCAAGCUCGAGGAGGAGGAAGAGGAGGCAGAGGGAGAUGAUGAAGAUGAGGAAGGUUCACUAACAGAAAAGUCCCAGGACGAGAUGACAUCUCCUGCCACCAUGGUGCAAGGCACUUACGACGACGACGAGGAAGCCGCUCCACUCUCCAUGACCUACGAACACCCACGCAGGUGUAUUGAGGAGGAUGCAGGCCUGUUAGAUCUGGAGCCUCUGCCUGGCUUUCCAAAGGGCCUGGAGCUCCAUAAGCCUGCUGAUGAGCCAUUUGAUGUUAAAGACAUUUUUAACACCUCCUUAGAGUCUGAGGCGCUGAAAGAAACACUCUUGAGGCAGGCUAAAACUCAGGCUUAUGCAAUGAUGCUCUCUCUGUCGGAGAACAACUCCCUGCAUCCAUCCUCCCAGAACUCACUAGACGCCUGGUUGAACAUGGGAGGAGGUCCUUCAGAAACCAGCUCCUUUCACUCACUCAACCACAUCUAAUCCCAGAGUGCGAGGAGACGGAGAGUGGUUGGAGGGAGAGGAUAAGGAGCGGAGAGAGAGAGAGAGCGAGAGAGAGAGAGGACAGUAGCAAUGGGUAAAGACCACCAUGAAGCAGAUGCAUGUGUUUCAAUAGCACAUGAAGACCAGUGAUGCUUUCAGUAGAUGAAUCACCACUUCAACUGGGAAAAGGGGAGGGGACUUUAGCUGAAAGACUGUUAGCUGAAACAGAGACAUGAACCAUUAGAGCUGUAGAUAUCUCCUUCCCACAAAAGAGAGACAAAAAGACUGACCACACCACUCCACUCUGUCCAACUCAAGAUCUGUCUUAAAGCUCAUUCUGCAGUUUUCUCCACAGAAACUCAGUCCGGGGGAAAAAACCCCAUGUAUCCCACUGACAUCAGUGUCUCAUGUAUCAUUUCUCAUACAGACAGCCAUGCUUAUUACAGUGAUGACAGAGCAUAGAAAAAAGGAAACAGAAGGUAUUUUUGUCAUGUAUGCCGAUCGGUUCCCCAAUCUGUAUUCCACAGAACAAGGCAGACUCGACUAAUUAACAAAAUGGAUCAGAUUUAACACUAAUAAUAUAUAUAUAUAUAAAAUCAGAUGAGCCAGAGAAAUAAACGAUCCACUGCUAAUCAUAUCCCUCCUCUUUGAUUGUGUUGAUCAUCAUCAGAGUGGUAGAAUAGUAGCUCAAAGCAUGGCUGCUCAAUUCAACAUAUCACCUUAACCUUGUUACUGUCAUUUUAACUGUACACAGUUUUUUUUUUUUUUUUGAAGAAAGCGUUAAAUUAUUCUCCUCCCAACGUUCUCAUGCAUUCGAAACACUCUUUCUUUUUCUUUUUUUUUUCUUCUUUUUUUUUUGUAUGUGAUUUGUUCUUUGAUCAACAGUAUUGUUUUCGUUCGAGCACUUCCGUGCUUAAAUUGUUAAUAUAAUUAUUUAGUGAAGGACCAAAUUUGUAUGAUAAUGUUGUAAGAUGUACAAAAUAAUUGCGAAAAAUUCAUAGCAAAGAGUGUCGUGUGCCAAAUAACCCUUUUUUUUUUUUCCUUGGACAAUCAUUUCUUUUUAUUUCCCAGUGGUUAUUAUAUGCUGUUUUAGUAGGUUGUUUUUUUUUUCUUUCUUAUUGCCUGCUCACUCUAUGUAUUUGAUUUGAGGUGCAUUUGAUUUCUAUUUAUUUUAGUUGUUUCAUCGUUAAAGGAAAAUAUGACUCUAGAAAAAAAAAAAAAAAAAAAAGGAAAGAAAAGAAAAACUGACCCAGUUUCACCCAGUUGUUGAAGGAAUUGAAUCUAUGACUGAAACUUUUAAUCUCAUGCUCUGAAGGAUAUUGUAUAGAGACCGGUAUGCCAAAAUGUAAAUGACAAAAUCAACUAUUUUAUUUAUAAGUUUGGCGUCGGCACCAGUCUGUUUGUGUUCAUUGUGAGGUUUGAUUCUAUUUUUCUCUCGCUCGACCAUUUUAACCUGUACAUACUGUACAGUGUGUGAUGUUGAACAAAUGGUUGAUUUUUUUUUUUUUUUCUUCUUCUUCUUCUUCUUCUUAAAUGAAUCCUUUGAUUAAAGCAUCAGGUCACUUGAAAGGUGGGGCAUUAUAUUUGUACUGCUAUAGUCAGUUUUGCUUUUGAUUUUAGCCUGCCCGUUUUAACAACAGUAAAAAGAAUGGUCACGUCAGUCUCUCUAACAGCGUCCGGUCCUGUGUGUUGAGUAGGACACAGCACGCCACUGUAUCCAAAACAAAUCCAAAUUGUGUGAUGGCAUCUUACAAACCAUCCGCACUGAGCUAGAAAGUGUGGACCUUGGAUGCAGCUGUGUUGAGUUCUUUUUUUCCGUUCUUUUUUUUUAUUUACAAAACAUAAGCAGCUGCUGUUAAUCGAAGGGGCUGGAAUGGGAUUACAUCAACAGGAUCAAACAGCGAGCUGGGAAAUUUCUAUUUCUAACGCUGAUAGGUGAGUGUAGUUCAGGGUUGAGCCGGAAGCACAGCCCUUAAAACACCCAUGUUACCCAAGUGCCAGGACUCAGGAGUCCUCGUGCAACUCUACUGAACUGUGAAUCCAGCGCAUGAAUCGUACAAAUAACGACAACAACGAAACACAAGCUCAUGAUGAAUGUGUAGAAUAGAUUCAAUGUGUUGCUAAUGUAUCAGACCUCUAGCAUUGCUUUUCUUCUUCGGAUAGCAAUUAAAGGUAAAAAUAAAAUAAAAAA